AUGAAUGGUCUUUCACUUGCAUCAAAAAAGAGUAUUCGGGAUGACUUUACAAAUAAAAUUCCAGAACUUAAGAAAACUUUAAAUUCUAUUACAGAAUUUGAUUACGAAUUUAUUGUGGAUUUUAGUAAAAUUCAUGCUGAUUGCAUUAAAGCUGUUCCUGAUAAUAAAGAAUGGAUAACUAAAAGUUUAGGAAAUAUUGCUUUUCAAUAUUUCGAAUCUUUAAUCUCUAAUAUUGACAAGGUUACCAAAAAUGAUGAUUUGGUUCGUUCGGAUUUUGUUAAAAUAACAAAUAAUAGAGAAAUUCAUUUUCUUACUGAUUCAGAAAUUCAAAAUUAUAAUGAAACCGUUAUUCUCGAUGGUAACAUUUAUAUAAAAGCACGACCUUCAAAUUAUGGUACUAACUCUGGAGGUGUUGGAUAUAAUAUUUUAGAUUUAUUGAAAUCUUCAGAUGAAGUGUUACCUUUAGUUACAAAAAAGAAUAUUCGCGAUAGUUGGGAACAACAAAUACCUUCUUUAAAAAAAUCUCUCAAACAGGCCUUGGGUGAGGAUUAUGAAUUUGUGAUCAAUUGGGAAGAUGUUUAUUUAAAAGCAAUUUCGGCAAAAAAAGAUUGCAUUGAUUGGGUGACCUCUCGAUUAGGUGAAAUUGUUUAUGCGUAUUUUGAAUCUCUGAUAAAAUAUAUGAAUGAUAAUGCUAAAAAAGAUGAUUUGAUCAGAUCAGAAUUUGUCAAUGUUAUUCAUACAAAAAAGUUUUAUUUCGUUUACGAUGAGGAUAUAAAUGAUUAUAAUGCCAUUGAGGUUAAAGAUGGUGAAUUGUAUAUCAAAGUUAAACCUGAAUCAUUAGGAACAAAUUCAUCCAUUGGUUAUAAUAUUGUCGAUGUGAUUAAAGAUCCAAAUGACGUUCUUCCGUUGAGAACAAAAAAAAGUAUUCGAGAUGAAUGGGAAAAGGAAAUUCCUGGUCUCAAGAAACAACUCAAGCAAUGUUUGGGCGAAGAUUACCAAUUUAAAGUAGACUUUAGUGAAAUUUAUGUACAGAUUAUUAAAGCCAAUGAAUAUAACACCGAUUGGUUUUCCAGAAGUCUGGGAAAUGUCAUUUUUCAAUAUUUCAGUUCAUUAAUUAAAAAUAUUGAAAAUUAUACUAAGAAGGAUGAUUUAGUUCGUCAAGAAUUUUUGGAUUUGACCAGUACAAGAAGUUUCCAUCUCGUGGUUGAUAAUGAAGUCGAAGAUUAUCAUGAUGUUAAGAUAAUGGAUGGUGGUUUGUACAUUAUGGUUAAUCCUGAGAGAUUUGGCAAUAAUGCAUCGCCUGGAUAUGAUAUAGUUGAAAGACUUCACGCACCAGAUUCGGUUCUCCCAGUGAUUACCAAAGUAAACAUUCGUUAUCAAUGGACCAAGAAGAUUCCUGCACUAAAGAAAAAACUUAAAGAUGCAGUUCGUGAAGAAAUCGAAUUUGUAGUAGAUUUUGAUAACAUCUUUGAAAUUGCAAAGAAAAAUUCAAAUGAUGGUGGUAAUUGGCAUAAAAGUCAAUUAGGUGAAACCGUUUAUGGAUAUUUUGAAUCUUUGGUUGCAAAUAUUAUUAAAGAUGAUAUGGUUAGAGAUAAUUUUGUUGAAAUUGUGACAACUAAGAAAAUUUAUUUGAUCUUUGACGAAGAAGUCACAAAUUACAACGACCUUUUAGUUAAAGAUGGUGCAUUAUACAUUAGAGUUGGACCAAGUUAUUUGGGCACUAACAGCAAUAACAUUGGCUAUAAUAUUAUUGAUGUCUU